AUGGUGGGGGACCAUGCCGGUGGUGACCAUGGUGCCGGCGGCCAGUUCUGCCGCCCCCUCCUCCCUCCAUGGCGCCCCGCCCCAGCUGCCGCGCGAGCCCCGGCAGGCGAGGAAGAGGUGGCGCGGCGGAGCAGGCCCCGCGCGGCGAGGCAACGCGGCCACAGCGGAGCGAGCCACGUGCGGGCCGGGGCGUGGGACAUCCGGCGGCGCAAGCCGCGGCGGAGCGAGCCGCGCGCGGGCCAGGGCGCGGGGCAUCCGGCGGCACAGGCGGCGGCGGAGCCCAGCGCGGCGGAGGAUGGACUCGCGGCGGCCAUGUGCUGGAGCUUGCCUGACGCGUCCACUGCAAUCACCAUUGCUGCUGUCAUCUUCCUCCAUGCCAUUAUUCCACCAGCGGCCAUGGCUGCUGUCGUCGAACACACCUUUAUUGUGAGCCAGGUGAAAAUGACGCACUUGUGCAACGAGACGCUGGUCACUUUGGUGAACGGGCAGUUCCCAGGGCCAGCGAUAGAGGUCACAGAUGGAGAUUCGGUGACCGUUCAUGUGGUCAACAAGUCACCCUAUGACUUAACAAUCCACUGGCAUGGCGUGAAGCAGCGGCUCAACUGUUGGGCAGACGGGGUGCCAAUGAUCACCCAGUGCCCAAUUCUACCGAACCACAACUUCACGUACAAGUUUAACGUUGCUGGGCAAGAAGGAACACUGUGGUGGCAUGCUCAUGUUGCCUUCCUCCAGGCAACCGUGCACGGUGCUCUAGUCAUCCGGCCAAGACACGGGGCCAGCUCGUAUCCAUUUCCAAAGCCUCACAAGGAGAUCCCCAUCAUUUUAGGUGAGUGGUGGCAGAUGGACCUUGAACGUGCAGAUUGGGGCAUAGCACACGGCGUCGAUCUUUACUUCGGUGCAUCGACAAUAAAUGGAAAGCUUGGAGAUCUCUACAACUGCUCUGGUUCCAUUGAGGAUGGAUACGUGCUAGAUGUGGAACCCGGCAAAACCUACCUGCUACGAGUAAUCAAUGCCGCGCUCUUCGCCGAGUACUACUUGAAGAUCGCCGGCCACAAGUUCACGGUGGUUGCCUCAGACGCCAACUAUGUUACCCCCUACACCACAGAUGUCAUCGCCAUUGCACCUGGCGAGACGAUGGAUGCCCUUGUGGUCGCCGACGCAGCUCCCGGCAGAUACUACAUGGUAGCCCUGCCCAACCAGUCGCCAGAGCCAGACCCGCAGAGUCCGGUAUUGAUCACAAGAGGAGUAGUGCAGUAUCGCAGAGUACAAGCACCCGCCGGUUACAUUCCAGUGUCACCUGAGAUGCCUGACCAGGAUGACCUGAUGCCAUCGUUCCACUUCCAUGCCAACCUGACCGGCUUUCUACACCAUCCUCAUCAGCGCACGCCGGUACCGACACAAGUUGAUGAGCGCUUGUUCAUCACACUCGGUCUGGGCACCGUCUGCCGGCGAGGACACUCCUGCAAGAGGAGCCAGAGUAAUGAGACCUUUACGGUGGCGACCAUGAACAACAUCUCCUUCCAGCAACCGGCGGUAGCCACGCCAUUGUUGAAGCUACACUACCACAACACCAACCGCAUGGACAUGCUGCUGCAAGAACUCCCAGACAAGGCCCCGCGGGUGUUUAACUACACCGACCCAGCCCUCAUCCCACCAGGACCCAAGGAGGCGAAGCUGGAGCCGACAUCGAAGGCGGCACUCGCACGACGUUUCCGCCAUGGCACGGUGGUGGAGGUGGUGUUCCAGGGUACCGCGCUGUUGCAGAGUGAGUCGAACCCGAUGCACCUACAUGGGCAUGAUGUGUUCGUGCUCGCUCAGGGGGAAGGAAACUAUGAUGCAGCGAGGGAUGUGGCAAGGUACAACCUUGUGAAUCCAGCCAUCAAGAACACCGUGCAUGUCCCAAGGCUUGGGUGGGUCGCUAUCCGCUUCGUCGCAGAUAACCCAGGUAUAUGGUACAUGCAUUGUCAUUUUGGGUUUCAUCUUACGAUGGGCAUGGUAGCAUUGUUCAUCGUAGAGGAUGGGUUAACUACGGACACAUCCCUCCCGGCACCACCUGCGGAUUUUCCAUCAUGUCGCCAUAUCUAA